AUGAGUUUGAACGAGCUGAUCGACGGGCAAAAAGUUGAGGUGGUUUCUCAUCCCACCCUCAACAUUACUCAUGGUGUCGUUUACGAUAUCGAUACCAAAGACAUGAGCAACGAAGAACUUCUUGACGAGCUGAAAGGAGUAGUGAGCAAUACUCCUCUGGUGGUGAUAUCGUUUAGUGGCUCAACCCUCCCCGACUACAUUUACCUCGGAUUGGUACGCACUAGCAUCCGGCCCUUCUACCCGUCCCCCAUGCUGUGCUACCGCUGUGGCAAAUUCGGGCAUGGCACUAGGGUGUGCCCCAACAAGGAAACUUGCUUGAACUGCAGCCUGAACCACCCAUCAGCCAAAGAUAACCCAUGCACCCAAGUCUCAAAGUGUAUAAACUGCAGCGGAGAGCACUCAACAAGAGCAAAAGAGUGCCCCAAAAACAUGGAAGAGGUAGCCAUCAUUAAAGCGAAAGUUUCCCUAAACCUUUCCUUCCCCGAAGCAAGAGCUCUAAUAACACAAAAGCGCAAAGGACCAAGUUACGCUGAACAAACCCAGAAAGGCACGGAAUCGAAAGACAACGAGAAAGAUUCCACUAUCGCUAGACUGAAGGCUGAGCUCAUUAGGCUAAAGGGCGAAAAGAGCAAUCCGCCAAAAGAUGACCGGGACGAAGAGAUAUGA